AUGCAAUCUACUCACAGGGGCCAGUUGAUGCUUGGUCAGUUGCCGGAUGAAUUUCUUAGAUCCAAUGUGCACACUGAAUUAACCCUUGCUCUUUAUAGUCAACUGCAGCGAGAACAAGGAGAACGAGCUUCAGUCCGCGCCGCAGAAGCACUAGCAACCCAAGAAGCUUCCCGAGGAUCAGCUACUCCCGUCGCUGGCGCCAGUCCUGGUCAGUUUCCAAGCCAUGUUCCCUACGUUACUGUGGGUCGCCUGAGCGUGACAGUAGUCGAAGCGCGCCUGGCGAAGAGUUACUCGAUGUUGGGAAUCACGAGAAUGGACCCUUACUGUCGAAUCCGCGUCGGCCACAAUGUCUACGAAACGGAAACGAGCCACAACGGAGGAAAAAACCCAAUGUGGGGCAAAAUCCUCUACGCGACGCUUCCAAAUGGAGUCGACAGCUUCACAGUGGAAAUCUUCGACGAAAAAAGCUUCACCAAAGACGAACGAGUGGCCUACGCAACGAUUCCUAUUCCACCGCGAGUUUUCGAUGGAGAAACUGUCAACGAGUUUUACAAUUUAUCUGGAAAGCAAGGCCUCGAUCAGGAGGGACAAGGAACGGAUAACAGCAUUAUGAGAUCAACAGAGUCAGCUUUUAUUUCAAUUACAGAGGAUAUCAAUCAAAUUCACGAAAUGUUUCCAACGACCGACAAAUCCGUCAUCAAAACAGUGCUUACUGCUAAUAACGGCAACAAGGACGCCGCCAUCGAAAGCCUUCUUCAAAUGCAAUAA